AACGAUCUGAUAUAUGUAAAUCAAUACUAUGUCUUUAUGCAUCUAUUUGGUGUCAUAUGUUGUGUGUCUAAAGUCACGUGACGUGUAAAAAAAGUUUUGAAUUAUUGAAAAAAAACGAAGUAAAAGAUGGAGGAACAGAGCUGUGUUCGGAAAAGGGUAAUUGUCGUGGCAAUGGAUGGUAGUACUGAAGCAGAAUCAGCAUUACAAUGGUUUGCAAACAAUAUUUACAAGAAGGGAGACGAAGUUGUAGUUGUUCACUGUUUACAUCACACAGCUCAUUAUACUAUGGGGUCGGUUUGGGCCCCUGUUGACUCACAAGCUAUUGUUAGGGCGUUCGAAGAAGAAAGUAACCACGCAGCAAAAGUGUGUAGCCAGCUUACAGAUUUACUAAACAAAUAUGAGAUUGACGGUAAAGUUGUGCAGCUUAAAGGGGAUCCUGGACACCAAAUAGUAACAACAGCAGAGGAGUGUCGAGCGUCAUUUAUUGUGGUAGGAUGUCGUGGAAUUGGAGUUAUCAGGCGAACAGUUUUAGGAAGUGUCAGUGACUAUAUUGUACACCAUUCAAAUAUUCCAGUUCUUGUAUAUCGUCAUUAGAUUUAUCUGUAUUUUCAUUAAAUGUCCAUUGAUAUGCUA